CUACAUUUGUGUUUCUCUUCCUUUUUUUCCUGGGUGCCUUUUUCUUUUACAGCUUCGCCAAUUUCCUAUAAAUUACAAUGCUGCGAAGAACAAGUAAAGACGCUCCGUCUAAUACAUCUUCAUCCAAUCUUUCUUUUUCUUCUCUCCGUUCAGCCGACUCUCUCAGCCGAUCUAAUUCUAGUAUGCAGGAGAAACUUAUGGAGGAUAUGUCAAUCAUCGAUGACCUUUACAAUGAUUUCGCCGAUCAAGUAGAGACGGAUUUUUAUGAGGUCGAAGUCAGAUACCGCGACCGUGAGCAAUCUAUUCAAGACAUAUAUCAAUCUGAACUCGCGUACAUUGCUUUACUACAACAUGGCCGGGAAGUGUUCGAGAACAAAAUGCGGAUACAAGUACAACAACAGUCUAAGCGAGGCGGGUUAUUGUCGAGCAGCAACAAAAUCAUUUGCACCGAUCAAGAAGUCAAUAUUUUAUUUGCUCUUCAUCAAGAUAUUCUGACCACGCAUCAUCGCUUUUUGGACGAGCUCGAUGAGCGAUUUCGUAUCUGGGGGCCAACCCAACUUAUAUCUGAUGUGUUUCGCGAGUUUUUACCCAAACUUGCCAUGGUUACUCAAAAGCGAAUACAAUCUUUCUCAGCGUCCAUCAUGACGCUUGAGAGAUUGAUGAAAUCCAAUGCAUUUAAAAAACUUUUGGAGACUUGGCAGCAAGAUGCGCCUCAACAACAUAUUACUCUGCUCGAUAUUCUCAAGGCACCGAUACAGCGAAUGAAAUAUUAUGCCCCUGCUUUGCGUGUUUUGGCACAAAACACCGAUCCUCUCCAUCCUGACUAUGCCCAUAUGUUACGGUGCACAGCCAAGUUUGAAUCUCUCAACAUCGAUAUGACCGGAAGCCUUGAAGAUGUUGGCAAACUUUGUGAUGCUUUCGAAAUCUUCCAAAAACUACGUGAAUCACCUGUUCUGAUGAAUGAAGACCGAAGGCUUCAUUUACGUGGUGACCUCUCAAAAUUCAUGAAUGCGGAUGGAUCAAACCCAGAGCCGCGGGUCGUGCUGCUUUUUUCAGAAGUCCUCGUGUAUGGACGUCUAAUGAAGGAUGGCACGAUCUCCUACCGCGGACAAAUGGACCUCUCGACAGCAGUGGCACGAGCUUCCAACGCUGAAAGCAAUAAGCGUUCACAUUGUUUCGAAGUGGUUGCCACGGAAAGCCAAGUCGUUUCUACCAUGUCUAUGGGAGGCGGUCCCAAUAUGCUCCUGAGCACGGGUGGUUCCACCAUUUCUGUCCAAACCAAGCAUAUGUUCCAAACUCAAUCAAGAGAAGAACAGACCCUAUGGGUAUCUGAACUACAACGCCUUAUUCGAUUCAAUAAGGAAAAAAAGGCUAAACCUUCUAGUCAUACUGUACGCCAGAGUUCUGAUGUUCCCCCUAGCUUGUCGCGAAGUACCACAUCCUCAUCCUCUUCUACUGCAGCUUCAGGAGGCGACCUAUUUGAUUUGAGAGGAAAACCUCUGUACAAGAAGGUGAAUGCGAAGCAACCCGUUCAUCGGGGCAUCAACAGUCAUGAAUUUAUGCCCUAGGUUGCGCGCAUGUCAAAAAAGGGUUCUUCUCCACUGUAAGGAAGAACAUUUUCCAUAUUUAAGCAUCCCCAAAAAUGAAGAAAAACUCCUAAAAAGAUAAAUGUACAAAGUAUAUCCCCCCAUUCCACUCUCUCUCUCUCAUCUUUCAAGCGUAUUUGUAUUGUAAUUGAAAAUAGUAUGUUUUACUUUUUAUUUCUUUUUCAUUAUCAUUUUUUUUUCUUUAUAUUUUAUUGUACUUAAUCAAUAACAUACAUGCCAGCAAAAAGCUAUGGUACCACGUUGUGGUGAUACAGAUAUCAGCCUAUUUCCCCUCAUCUUCUCGAAAAAACGUACAAGUUUAGUGAAAGGGGGACGUGGCGUUUAGUGUUGACUCCAUUGAAUGGACUUGAGGUCGAUGCCUUCCUGAACCUGUA